UUAUGAUUUACAUGUAUUACACUUACAGUAUAAAGUACAUUAAAGUGCAGUAGUUUCGAAUUCUUAAGUUUGUUUCAGAUUCAGAAAUUGGCCCACAAUGUCAAUUCAAAAGCGCAAGCAAACCGACUUUACGUUGAAGGAGAGGAAGGAGAUCAUUGAUGCCGCAAAAAAAAACGAAUCAGUCCAAGCUGGGCAAGGAAAUGAGCAAGAAAUGGGUCAUCGAAGUUAAGAGAACCACAGUGAGUGGAAUCUUCGGCAAGAAGGAUGCAAUCGAGACACCUAUCCAAGCUGGAGUUCCAUCAAAACGCAUGAAGCUGAAGCCGUCUCACCACUCAAAGCUUGAUGACGGGAUGCUCAUGUGGCUAAAACAAGCAAGAGGACAAAAUAUGUCUGUCGGCGGCGAUCUGAUAAAGGAGAAGUCUUUAAAACUGGCCGAACUGAUGCACAUUACAAACUUCAUGGAGAGCAACCCUUGGCUGGACAAUUUUAAAAAGCGCCACGGAAUCACGUUUCAAACAGUGCAGGGCGAAGCUGGAGCGGUGGAUUCGCAAGCAAAGGAUCACUCUUCUGGUGGGGGCAAAUAUAGCGGCAGUGAAAAGUUCCUCUUCUGGCGAUCGGCAGUUCCCAGAAACCUCGUGCCUUCAAGAAAAAAGGAAAUUCUCGUUAAGUACAAGACAAACUCGAAAGCAUGGAUGACGGCGAAGCUUUUCGAAGAGGUGUUACGUGAGUGGAACAGACGACUUGGCCAGCAGGGUCGCAGCAUGCUGCUCUGCCUUGAUACCUUUUCUGGCCAUCCAGAGAUCCAGCUGGAAAACAUUAAACUGGUCUUCUUCCCACCCAACACGAAAGCAAAUUCUCAACCAAUUGAUCAGGGAAUCAUAGAGGACCUCAAGCGCCACUACAAGAAGAUCCUGCUGCGUCGCCGACCUCGAGGCCAUGGACAUGGGAAAGGAGUUCGAGUUCACAUUGCUCGACGCUGCAUACCGUUUGCCGUGCUUGGGAGCAGGUCAGCGAGUCGACGAUCAGAAACUGCUUCGUGAUGACCAAGUUUAUCGAAGAGGAAAUCCAAUUUGAGCUUUAUGAUUUUCAUUCGCUUGAGAUCUGGGAAGCGCUGUCUUCCGAGGAAAAAAUGCAAGAGAACGAGCUGGUGGGUUUUUCACACUGGAUGAGAUUGCGGAGGAGAUGUUGCGCAGCGAGACUGGUGGGUUUUUCACACUGGAUGAGAUUGCGGAGGAGAUGUUGCGCAGCGAGGAGCCGCUUAAACGCGAAGAUGAUGAGAUAAGUGUUGAGGAGGAAAUCUUUUCGUUCGAGGAAGCCCAGCGGGCAUGAAACACUGUCCGGAAGUUCAUGCAGCAGGGAAGCGGGAAGCCCGGUGUGAUGCAAGCAUGCGAUCGGCUAUAGGGAUUUGUUCAAAUACAAUUGUUUUAAAACAAUUGUUUUAAAUCAAGUUUUUUUUGCAUGUUUUGUUCAAAAUUGCUGUACGAUUUGAUUUUUUUGUAUUGGAUAGAUUGAAGAAUAAUGGAUGUAAAAAGUUGCCAA